GGAGAAAAUCAAAAGGGAGUUAAUCUGUGACUUCUGCAGCAGAAUCAAUGAGCGAAUGUCACAAUGUUCGUUACGUGGGCAGAUCAUCGCCUACUACAACAGCCUGCUGGGUUUACUGCAGGACUUUCCCACCGUCUGCAAAACCUAUUUUGUGUUGGGCCAACCUCAAGAGAAGAAAGGGGAACGAGACUCUGAGUCGGGUCUGAUUUGCAACCCCAGGAAACUUCUUCAGCGACCACGCAACUUAUUGUCACCAGACGGGGAAACAUUUCUGAAUCUCUGGUACAUUCCUCAUCAUUCUGAAGUACUGAUUAUGUUUAAAACCCUGCAGGAAAAGGCGUGUCGCCGUGCGCUGGCCCAGACGCUGGGGAUCACCGCUGCUCUUCACGACAUCGUCUCCUACCUCUGCUGCUUUGCACAGCUCGGUGGCUCCCCUACUGGUGGCUCCCGGAAGAUGCAGCCUCUGGCAGCCGACUGGGGAGGACUGGAAGGCAUCGGCUCGGAGCUGCAGGAGAUCCAGAGUCAGGUGGACAAGCUGCGUAAUCCCCGAGACCCAUCGGCAGUCGCCACGUUUCUGUCUCUCAGGAGGGAGGUCAUGUUCCUGCAGUUCGACGCUGCGGUUCGCCACUUAAUCAGGGAGGUCUUCCUCUCCGCUGGCAGUGUGGCUGCAUUCCAGGCCGUGACGGACGGGAUGUAUGGAGCACUGCCCUCCAUGAGUAGCUCUGUGACCAGCAGCCUCUACUCCUCCUUACUUCCCUUGCCUCAGCCAUUGGAUGCCUGGAGUCACAAGGCUCUCGUGCUGUUUCCCUGGCGAUCAUUCCUAGCGAGGGAAGGGCCUGUACCAGGAAUGAUCAGUAACCUGCAGAGCAUGGAGUACAGUGUACAGAUGUGUCUGAGCGGCCUGAAGGACCGUGAGCGUAUCGUGGCUAAUGGUGAGCUUGCUGGGGUGUCUCUGCUGAUGGAAGAUGUGGUGCAGAGCGUGAGUCAGGCGCCUAUGUUUCCCGAGGAGGACGGGGCCGCGGAGGACAUGUUGGAAGCCAAAACGGAGGAGGACUCUGCCAUUGAAGAAGAAACGGAUGGAACGCAGACGCCAGCCAACAAAAUCACGUCCCCUUCAAAAGCAGCUGACCCCAUAUGGAUGUACAAGGUGCUGAAAUCCUUUCUGAUCGUGUGGAAACAGCUGGAGGUAUUUAAGGAGGAGUGGGGCAAGCUGAAGCUCGGCGUGGAACAAGUCAACUCUGCUGCCCUCUACAAACAGUUCUGCAAAGUAUACAGGCUGGAGAUCCUGUACCCGGCCCUGAAGCCAGUGGCCAGUCGGCUAGGUCUGGAGGAGGAGUACGAGAGAAUGAUGAUGGACGAUCUGCCGCUGCUGCCACCCAAAGGCACGUCAGAGAUGGAGACAAAGAGUCGGCAGCUGCAAAAACUCCUGGAGAGUAUGGAAUGUUACAUGAUCCGGGAACUUCAGAGAAAGAUAGCGAGGGAGUUGACCCUUGUCAUGUCGGAGAGAGCCCGAGGAGAGGCAUCGCUGCCAACAGAUGAUUGGAAACGCUCAGUCAUGGAAGAAAACUUCCCCAUUGCAAGGCCUCAGAUCGUGGAGGCAUUUGUUCAGAGGAUGAAACAACAUUCGUGCGAGACUGAGAAUGAGUAUCUUUGCCAGAUUACUUUCAGCAAAGAUCACUUGAGUGACUGCCUCCUGAAGCUGGCCAGUGACGUAAUCGCAAGGGAGCGCAGUAAUUUUGAGACGUAUUCCAUGUUUUAUGAGAACAUACUCCGUCGGGAGCACCAGCUACUCUAUCAGAAGGAACAGGAACUAAAGGGAAUGCAGCAAUCUCAACCAUCUUCAGCAGGAGCUGAAUCCCAGCUGGCCGACUUCAAUCAUCAGAUCAUUAUCGAGAUCACAGCCCUCCACGCAAAGCUGACCAGCCUCCAAGAGGAGAACUCCAGGCUGAAGGAGGAGGUGAGGAGGGAGGUGAGGCAGGAGUAUGAUGCUCUGGUCAGGAACCUGUUUGCAUCCAGCUUUGCACUGAAGCAAAAGCUGGACGAAUACCACGUCAACAUGAACAAGGCGGCCUGCAGGCUGAUCAGCGAGGUGAGGAGGAGCGGAGUGGAGAACAUGAUUCUUCUCAAGAGGAAGGCUGGCUCGACUAAAAGUGACGAUGAUUUGAGGGGGAACCUGGAACGGCAAGAUCAUCUCCAGUCCUUGCGGGAAGAGAACAGCCAGCUACAGGGAUUGGUUUGUAAACUGAGAACUCUCAACUACUGGAGACUGACUGCAAGACAGGAGCAGUUUCAAAGGUCCUGCACAGCCUUGGAGCAGGAAGGUGUUCAAAGCAAGAAGGAUUACCUCAACGUCAAGAUGCUGGCGGAGGAGGAGAAGGUUGUCCUGCAGCAGCAGCUGGUGGCGUUGAGGAGGUCCCUGUGCCGGUCCCAGUCCGAGAACGAGAGGCUAAAGAACGAGAUGGAGAAGGAGAAGCGGCUGCUGAGGGAGUACCGGCACCGUGAAGCCGAGGAGUGGAAGAGCCGGCAGCAACUGGAGCGUGUGAGAACAUGCAGCGUGGAGCAGUGCCUGCAGGAGGUGCAGCUCAAGGAGCACACGCUAAACACGCUGAACUCCCAGCUGGAAAACACCUGCAAACACGCCCAGAUGCAGCACAGUAAAAUCAGCAAGGAGAUCAAACAGCUACGCGGUCAGCUGUCACAUGAGCGCAGUCUGAAGCUCGAUGCCUUCCAGAGGGUUGACGAAUUGCAGAGCCAGGUGCAUAACUUUGAGGCUGCAUUAUCCGUCAGCAACAAUGCAGAAACGGCAUCUGGUGUGUUGGGGAAAUCGGCAUCAUUGCAUUCCAGUGCAUGCAGUUUCAGAAACAUUUUGCCAGGCACUGGAACGCAGACUCACUUUCGAACUCAGUCACUUACUCUCUCCAGAGAGCAGUUGCAGCGCUGUUUGACCGCUGACCCAAAGACGACUGAUGCCAGUGGAACCGUCGGCUGUGGAGGAAAGAGAAUACAGAGGCCAAAAACGGUCCCAACUAGACUUCACAAUAAGGUGAUGGAAGCAUUAUUGCCAGAAACGGAGGACUCGGGACAUCUCAGUCUCAUCCUGGAGCUGAAAGAUUACAGAUUAAAUCAGAAAUAAUUGCAAGGGAUGCAAGACAGAAGAACUGCAUAGACAAUCAAAAAUAAAAGCAGGGCAGCUGGAAGAGGAAAAGAAAACAUUAUUCACUGCAGAGCAAAAACAAACCCCAAUAAAGUGCUGGAGUUUCUCAGUAGGAUGUGUGUAAGAAGGAACAGCAGAUGCUGGUUUACACUGGGGACAUAAAAUGCUGGAGUUAAGCCCCCGUCCCACUUAGGAAACCUGAACGGAAACCUCUGGCAACUUUGCGCCCCACCCAAGGUUUCCGUGCGGUUCCCAGAGGUUGCAGGUAGUGGAAGCAGGU